AUGACGCCUGAUACCGAUGUGACGCCUGCUUACAUUACGGAGUUCAUGAAGUCCAACGCCAGAUACUUCCCAGACUCUUAUGUUAUCUGUACGAACCACACCGACCUAAAUAACAUCUCGUCAUUCCUGCUGGACGUCAAGGACUUCAACCAUAACCCAUGCCACUAUUAUGAAUUCUGCAGUUGCCCCGAAAUGAGGUCACAACCAGAUAUUGCGGGAAUCGGCGUGUUGGUUGCGUUCUCAACUGCUGCUUUCCUCACUCUUUGUUUGUCAAUAUUUUGCCUCAUAGUAGGCCGUACAAAUGAAGAAAGGCAGACUUUCAAUCCGGUCGACCGAUUUAUGCGCAAAUACAUGUCAGAGCCUCUUCGCCAUUUCAUGCGUCGGAUGGGCUCUAGCCCCGACUUGCAAUCUCUCAUUGCCCACGACCUCGUCAACACUUUCAGCGACCUCCAACUUGUUACGGGCCUAGCAAUAUUAGUUGCUGGUGUCAAAGAGCUAGCCGACGGUACUAUUUCGGUUUACCAUUUUUUGAUUAUCACUGAUCUCGCAUGGUUCUGCACCAACUCCCACCUGCUAUCGCUGGCAGUUACUCGGAGGAUGAGAGAUAGCGUCAAGAGGACACAUCCACAUCGCUACAAUCGCGAGCAAACCGAGCUAGCUGCUCGUCUAGCCCGCGCCUCAAGGAUUUUGUUGAUGGCCUCCACUUUUGUGCUCCUUGUGUUCGCAUUCUGGGCUACUGGGUUUGGGAAAGCCUAUGUUGAAGAGGUAUUGAAUUGCCCGAUACAGUGUACCAUGAAAGAGGCAAGAGGUGGAACCCCUGAGUUACUGAUGGUGAUCAAUAUGGUCUUGAUGGGGUACUUUUACGCAGUACAAACAUUUCUCACAUGGCGUACUGGUCGUAUCUUCUGGAUGGACCAUAUUAGAGCGUUGCUUAUCGACAAGCAAGGCCAAUCGGUCAACGUUCUGAAUCCAGCGAUAGUCUUCAAGCGAUGGACGGAAAGCAAACUUUUGGAGAUGCUGAAGAAGUUGUUUGUCGCUAUGUGGUACUUCUUCGCGUCCGAGACAGGGAACCUGCUUGGAUUGACCGUCUAUUUCGGAUUCGGAGUAUGGUCGCUUAAGCACGAUCGAAAGAUAGCACAUAAAUUGCUGGGAAAGGCGACUGAAGCAGAGGAUGAGAUGGUAUUUAGCCAGCUCGUCCCGAUUUUCUUGAUCAUCAUCCCUUUCAUGGGGCUCUUUGAGUCUUAUGCUAGGCAUUCGGUGGCAAUUAAGGAGUCCGAAGCCAAGGAGGUGGGAAGCUGUACAUCGGAGGGAUCUUAA